AUGUGGUCCAAUAUUAGUGACACCCCCUUUCUGCUGACUGGAUUCCCAGGUCUGGAGGCAUCUUACCACUGGAUCUCCAUCCCCUUCUUUACAGUCUAUGUAUUGGUGCUUCUGGGCAAUGGCACACUCCUCUGCCUUAUCAAGAAUGAUCACAGUCUCCAUGAACCCAUGUACUACUUCCUUGCAAUGCUGGCAGGCACAGACCUCAUGGUGACAUUGGCCACAAUGCCUACUGUAAUGGGCAUCCUGUGGGCUAAUCACAGAGUUGUGAGCCAUGGGGGCUGCUUCUUGCAGGCCUACAUCAUCCACUCCCUUUCCAUUGUGGAAUCGGGCAUCCUCCUUGCAAUGGCCUGUGAUCGUUUCAUUGCUAUCUGCAAUCCCUUGAGAUACACUUCCAUUCUCACCAACACUCGGGUGGUAAAGUUAGGGGUGGGAGUUUUUAUGAGGGGUUUUAUAUCCAUCAUGCCUAUAAUCUUGCGUCUUUUUUUAUUUCCAUAUUGCCACACUCAUGUUCUCUCCCAUGCUUUCUGCCUUCACCAAGAAGUCAUGAAACUGGCCUGUGCUGAUAUAACUUUUAAUAGACUUUACCCUGUAAUUCUGGUUUCUUUCACAAUUUUCCUAGACUCUCUGAUCAUUCUCCUCUCCUAUAUCCUUAUUCUUAAAACUGUUAUUGGCAUUGCCUCUGGUGAAGAGAGAGCCAAGGCCCUCAAUACCUGUAUCUCCCACAUUGGUUGUGUCCUCAUCUUCUAUGUCACAGUGAUUGGUCUGUCAUUCAUCCACAGGUUUGGCAAGAAUGUGCCAGAGGUGGUCCACAUCACCAUGAGCUAUAUCUACUUCCUCUUUCCUCCGUUAAUGAAUCCUAUAAUCUAUAGCAUCAAGACCAAGCAAAUUCAAUAUGGCAUUGUCCACUUUUUAUCUAAACACAGAUUUGGAAGUUAA